AUGGCUACCAAAGCUGCUCGUCUCGGCGAAGAGGUCUGGAAGACCCGUGUUGACAAGGUCAACGCCGAACUCGUCACCCUCACCUACGGCACCAUCGUCGCCCAACUGUGCAAAGACUACAACCAAGAUUAUGCCCAAGUCAACAAACAGCUGGACAAGAUGGGCUACAACAUGGGCAUGCGCCUGAUCGAGGACUUCCUGGCAAAGUCCAAUUCGGGUUCCUGUUCCAAUCUGCGAGAGACGGCCGAAGUCAUCUCCAAAGUCGGCUUCAAAAUGUUCCUCAACAUCACCCCUGUAGUCACAAGCUGGUCGACCGACAACAAGUCCUUCACUCUGCUCUUCGAUGAGAAUCCUCUUGCCGACUUUGUCGAGUUGCCCGACGACGCCAAAGCUCAAGAUGAGCUGUGGUAUUCAAACAUCUUUUGUGGCGUUUUGAGAGGCGCUUUGGAGAUGGUUCAAAUGCAUGUCGAGACCCACUUCACAAGCGAUGUCCUUCGUGGCAACGACACUACAGAAAUGCGCGUCACGCUGAUCAGGUAUAUCGAGGACGAGAUGCCACCAGACGACGAGUAG